AUGAAGACGACACUCGCUCUGCUUCUAAUCAUGGAGCUCUACUGUCUCUCCUCCGGUCUCAAACAACAUUUCUUCGUGAAUGAGCAGAAGAAAUGGUUUUGUGCGCAAAAGUACUGCAAAACGUAUUUUAAUGUCCUCUCCGCCUUCAUCAAUGCGAGUGAGGAACAGCGAUUUUUAGCUAAUGCGUCUGGUCAAGCUUCUGAUGCCUGGGUUGGACUCCACAAAAAGCCAGAAACAGGAGUCUGGAAGUGGUCAGGAGGUAUAGAUGCUGAACAAAUUAGCUGGGAUCCUGCAUUUAAUCAACCAAAUAACCUUGACAAUGAAAACUGUGGCUUUCUAUACAAAACCAAUAAUAAAUUGCAUGAUGAAAAAUGCAAUAUCACUAAACCCUUCUUCUGCAUGACAAACUUUGUUCUGGUGCAUCAUAAAGAGACCUGGGAUGGAGCUCUGGAAUACUGCAGGACUCAUUAUAAUGAUCUGGCAAGUCUGAGCACAAUAAACAGGAUGAAUUCUGCUUUACUGGAAAUCACACAGGCUGAAACAGUGUAUGUGUGGACUGGUCUGCAUUAUCUAGCAGGGGACUGGUUAUGGGUCACUGGAGAUGAUCUUGACUACACAGCCUGGUAUCAGAACGAACAGCCCCAAUGUCCUGCCAGAGACCUUCGUUGUGGAGCCCUGGACAAGCAAACAAAGCUUUGGACACACAGAAACUGUGAGGAGAAGCUCAGCUUCUUUUGUCAGUAG